AUGACCAACCUUCACGACACGACCAACCAUCACGACACGACCAACCACCACCUCCACCACUCGACCAACGACUACCACACUACCAAACACCACCAAACGACCAAGAUAUCAUACGGACACGACAUACACGACCACCAUACGUCCAAUACCAACCACCAUCACGACACGACCAGCCAUCACGACACGGCCAACCACCACCACACAACCAACCAUCACGACACGACAAACUACCACCACAUGACCAACCAUCACCACACGACCAACCAUCACGACACGUCCAACCACCACCACACAACCAACCAUCACAACAUUACCAACAACAACCACACGACCAACCACCACCACACGACCAACGACCACGACACGACUAACAUCCACCACACAACCAACCACCACCACAGACCAGCCACCAUCACGACACGACCAACCACCACCAUACGACCAACCAUCACGACAUGA